GGGAGCAGUGCUUCUAAACAAAGCGGAACGCGUUGCGCGUGCGCGACAAGCAGGCAGGCGAAUCCUCAGCUGGUCGGACCGACAAUACAACGACCAGCGAAACAGCUGACAAUCAGCUGAGAGACUACUAGGAGUACUAGGUCCUUGUUGUUGUUGUCGUGCUGCGAGCGCUGUCAACCGCGAGGCUCAGCGAACGCUAGUGUUUUGUUUAUUACACGCUGCCGCCUGUGAUAUUUGCUCUGUACAGUUCAAGUUCUUGUUUGUAAAUAAAGCGUGGAACGGCUCUGCGGACAGGUAGAAUAGCAACGGUGAUUAAUACAUGCCUACAACUGAAAACGAAUGGCGAUAUGUUGCGGAAAUGUUUGAAGCUCUAUGGAAUUUUCCUCACUGCCUUGGUGCCAUAGAUGGCAGACACUGCGUACUUCAGGCACCCAUACACAGUGGCAGCGACUAUUUCAAUUAUAAAGGAAAUUUUAGUAUAGUUUUGUUGGGAGUUGCUGAUCCAAAUUAUUGCUUUUUGUUUGCUGAUGUUGGCUGCCAAGGUCGGAUUUCAGAUGGAGAAAAUGUUCCAGAACUUGGCUAGUUACCUGUUGGGCGCGGUGAUGUCCGCUCCCAACCCACAGGAGGAGGUUGAUGCAACGAGGGCAGCGACGGUCGAAAACACUAGCGGAGGGUAUGGACGCCUGCGCGCCACCGAUGACUACGAGGAGGGCGAGUGGGUGUUGGUCGACCGAGAUAGCGAGGGAAACUCCGAGGCAGGCUCGCUGGGCAGUCUGGACGACCUGGACUUUGAGGAUCCGACCCGAGGCACCGCGUCGCCGCUUUCCACACUCAGGCCGAAAGCCAGGACGCGGUCGAGCUCUACAUCAUCCUUGCCCUCGAGUACCGCCAUGGAGGAGUCGUGGUUCAUAACGCCUCCACCAUGUUUCACCUCCGCCGGACCCAUCGAGAUCGAGACGUCGCCGCUGGAGAAUCUACUAAUUGAACACCCCAGUAUGUCCGUGUACCACAUCCACCAACUGGGCAGGCGGCACCUGACCACGACGGUGGUACCCAUGGUACGAACGGCGUCCGUCUCGCCGAGGCGACCCGCUUCCGUGGUGGACCUCCUCGCUGGAGAUGACCUCUUCGACCUGGUGGAAGAGGUCGUGCUGGACGAGCCGGUGGUAAGGAACAACAGUAGGCAAGAGGGCCAAGCCAGGGCUGCGGGGACCACGCAGGGCAGGCGCUUCAACAGGCUGCAGUUUGUGCAGCAACAGGACAGGCAGCUGACGCAGUAUAGGAAGGCGCAGAAGGUGCAACGACAGAAGCAGUACCAGAACGUACGAAGGAACGCUCUAGACAGAAACGAUAAGGCUCGUGAGGUAAAUGGUAGAAACCGUCGGCAGAGGAGAGGGGAGCGAUCCCAGGGCGCCACCCGCUCAUUUGCCAAUAACAACCGCAAGUGCUGCUAAAGCACGAAAAAGUGAUCUCAAUAACUCGCAAUAUUCAACAGGACGAAUGCAACACAAACAGCUAUCUUUCAUUUUUGUUUUGCCAUGAUAAACUGACUGGUUCCACCAUGUACCAUAAUGCUAAUAUCGAAUAAGAACCGAAAUUCUGGAAAAUACAGAGAAAUUUGGUGAAUAACUUCUCUCUGUAAUGUAUUAUCCUUAUUAUUAUUGUACUUAAAUUUAACAUUAUCGUAUUUUCUUUGAUAAAAUACAAUACCUGCAUCGUUGUAGAAAACAUUUGCGAAUGCGUCUAAAUUGACAGAGGAAAAUGGUGCACCUUACAGGAUUUUUUUCAUUAACUGAAAUUCCCUAUGAAAACGCAGCAAAUUAAAAAUUUUCUUCUUUGUUUUAUUUUUGUUUCUCCCGAGUGUUAAAAUCGUCCAAAAUCUCAACUUCUCCCACCUAAGUAAACAUAUCCUAAAAUUUUGUCGUUUCGGGAGACCUAAAUGGGGAGACAUUGCCGUUUAAAUUUAAAAUAACGUCACCAAAAAGUUGCUGGGAUCUCAAUCAUUCGUACAUUUUUUGUGCCGCUUUUUUAUCAUAACGAAUUUUCACAAUAGCGAUAUUACCAAUGUAUUAACAAAUAACGGAAAAAUAAACGUGGUGGUUUCAGCUUAUGGAAACACAGCUUGCGUAUGAUUCUUUUUGUCAAUUCAAGAAAAAGCUUCAGAUGAAAUAUACUGUUUAUUAACACAUAAAAGUAAAUGAUCUCUCAGAUUGUCAAAUAUUUUGUUGAAAUCCUUGAAAAGACGUACGUAGUGGAACUGUCAAAGUCAUGAUCGCUCUGCAUGUGAAAAAUAAAAGUGAAAAGACUAGCAGCCAUUCGAGGCUUCCACCUCAAAUAUAAAAAUAGUUAUAUUUUUAUGAAGUUUGUUCGUGAAGAAGGGUAUAUUAAUUAAACAACCCUUUUAUAUGUAUAUAUUGUUUUUUCUGAGAAGUCUCGAGUGGAUACCUUUCUCAAACAGGCACGUCUGAAAUAAAAUAGAUUUUUAAUCGAUGCACCGUGUUGUGUUCAGAUUUGAGAAAUUGCAUACGAAAAAAAAUAAAAAUUAGAUCAGGUUAGCUAACCAAAAAUGAACCCUGUUGUAAAAAUUGUAUAAGCGAAUCUUACAACGGAAUUGUUAAAAAAGCAAAGGCUUCUCUUUUAGAGAUAUUACCUUCACCAUGAGGUUAUAUGUUCAAUGACAAGACGAUUUCCAUCAAAAAAAGUAAUUCAUUUCUAUUUUCGAAUGAGUUUUAAUGCUGAUAUGUACAAAGGUUUUACCAUUCAGGUAUUAAUUCAGAUGUUAUAUUGAACAUAGAAAGUCUCAUUUUGAAUAUAUGAACUCCUCGAUAUACAGGAAAAACCUUUAUCAAGUUCUACAUUUAAUAAAUAAAUUACUCAGCAAAAUAUUUCAUAUCAUCUCUAGAUGUGUGGACUUGAAUUAUCAUUUACCCUUAUUGUAAAUUCUGUUUAUACAUUUUUUCCCCAGAAAUUAUAGAUAUCCUGGUCUAAAAAUAAAAAGACAUUCGUCCUAAAUCCGGAAUAUUGCGAAAUUUCUUUUAAUAGUCUUUCACAAGUUAUUUUUCAUUUUUAAGUCUAUUAAAUCACAUUACUGUUAGUUGUAUAUACCGAUACCGUUUUCUCAGAUAAAUACCGGGCAUUAGGGCAACAAUGCACCUAUUUGGCCAGUUGUCCACGUCAGUUUUGUUGAAAAGUAAUGUGAUUAAAUACUUGUAUAUACAGAGAAAAAAUAUAUUUUAUUAUCUUAGUCAACUGAAGAAAUUGUGUUUUAAGUUAUAAAUUAUUUUUUGUUGAAUGCUUUUCUGUGCAUUCUUGUUUGAAAGAUUUCAUGCUCAUGAUUGUUAUUUUAAACUUUGAGGACUUUUCUGAAUGUUAGACUAUUUUCUGAGUCAUGAACAUGAAAUAAACAUACAAAAUUACAACCUUGGCCUAAAUAUACAGUCGCCUAAUGAAGAUGAACAUGUUUGUAUUAAAAUCGUAUACAAUAUGAUACCUGACUAUUUCUAGUUCCAUUCUAAAGCAACAAUUGACAUAAUUUAAUCUCCUGACACGAUUUUUCCAAUUCACAGGACUCAGUUCAUCAGUUCGCAUAUUGACAUUACAAAAACAUUGCUUACAUUUUCUUAUGAUUUUGCUAUCUUGUCGUGCGAGUAAUCAAACGUAAUAAAUUAAAAAAAUACUCAGAUAUUGUUUAUUUUAUCUGUACCUGGGUAAAACAAUACGCACAACUAUAUUUCACCUUUGGUUUUCAUCAUUGCCAACAUUAUAUGAAAAAUGUUCUCUUUAAUGGAAGGUACCUGAAUACUUGGGCCAUGCUGUACCCAAUGACAAUAUAGGUUAGGUGAAAAGAAUCAUUUUCUCAAUAGUUGCGUGAUCUGACCAGAUAGCCUGUGAUUCCGCCAAAAUUUUUCUGGGGUUGAGCAGGUCUCUGUUGCAGGUUCAUAGUUUGAUGUUUUUUGUUUGAUAAUUCUAAAUGGGAGAUACCAUCCAAAACUGUCUGAAAACAGUACAAAUUACACAAGCCAUUAUCUCAUUUUCGUUAGGAAGAUUAAUUUUAAGAGGCCCUUUAACAUCUUGUAUAUAACUAUCUUUAAUAGCAAUACCAUACUAGGGAGACACAUUGCAUUUCCCUUUUAUAGAGGUAAGAAAUGGUUCUAUAGGAUUCAUAGCUUUUUUGACUAUAAAAAAAAACGAGAAAGUAUAUAGCAGAUAACAAUAUUGCGCAUGCGUUGGAUGUUUAGAAUGAUAGCAGUAGGAAUAUUUAGUAAACAAGAACUUGAGAAAAUCGUAUAAAAGUAAGAAUAUUUGUUACAAACACAUAAUUCGCAGAACAUAACCAAAUUCUCGAAAAGUAUGUGUCUGACAAGUCUCUCCUCAGUUUCGUAGCUCCCAAUAUUAACCAUGCGAUCAGAUUUUCACUAAAAACCACUAGAUUUCUUCUUUAAAUUGUUGUUUGCAGGCAUGUGGGACCUUUGCUGCUAUUAUUCUGAACACAAAUUUUACCGGUUAUAGUUGAAGUAGUAGCAAAAUAAUUUAGACAGUCAUGUGAUACACCAGCGAAUUUUUGUAUUAUAGUCUUUUAUUCUAAAUGCUACAAGAGUCAUUGUUCACUGUGCUUGUCAGAUUUGCUAAUCUAAGCUUUAUAUAUUAUGAUAAAAAUCUAAAAUGUGUUCUAAAGUGUUUCCCUACUUUUAGGAUGCGUAAGAGUAUUAGUAAUAAAAUUAUGUAUGUUGUAGACAUCACGCUAUAAUAUAUAGGAGUAUUAGUGUAUCUAAUAUAAUGUUAACUGAAAAUCAAGCAGAACAUCAGCGUUAUUUUUUAUAAAAUCUAUAAAUCUAUAUGUGAGAUAUUGUAUUUCGCCACUGUUUGUCAUAUCUGGGCACUCGUUUAACUUAUUUAUUUAUUUAUGUGUGUUUUGAAAAGGUUUGAUUACAUGAAAAGCAAAAAUAAAAAUGCUUUACUGUUUUAGUAAAUAUAAUACACUUCAAAGAACCAUAAAUGAAAUACUUUUAAGGCUUAACAUAUUACUUACGCAUAUAAUUUGUCUUUUAAUGAAUGAAGUUUGAAUUGAGAAGGUUUGUUAGGAUAUUUUAAUAUCAAGUCAUAGUCGAGGCGAGGCGCUGGUUGGAAUUGAGUGUGCAAAAUGUGAGGACCCCACUUUACGAGCAUUAUUAAGAACUUCAAAAAGUGGGCCAGCAGGAUCUGGAUUAUUGUUCCUUGACCUUUUCACAUUUGAUAUCUGUUCAUAAACUGCGGUCCUCACAUUUUGCACACUGAAUUCCAUCCAGCACCUGCUCAAUAUGAACAGUCUGUGAAAAUCAAAAGGUAGCCUAUUUUCGAAAAUAAUCUUAGCUUUUAAUCAUUGAAGAUGAGUAUUUUUAGGGUUUUGCAGACAUUAAAUAGCUCGGAAACAAACAAUUUUAGAGAAAAUCCGCUGAGAACUUUAUUGAUUAGAAUAGUCCGACAAAUCAGAAAAAAAUGGACGGAGCAAAAAAACUUUUUAUAACGUUUAAGUAGGGAGGGGAUUACAAAUAUCGACCAAAGUGUGGCCCGACAAGAUCUGGAUUAUUAUUCUUUGACCUCCUCUCAGUUGAUCACAUUUUGCACACUCAAUUCCAUGUAACUACCAAGUAAGUAAUUGUAAGGGCAGUACGUAAAAUCUCGGCAUUGGCAUCAAUUACCGAAAUAAUAUUUUAUUCAAUAACAAUAGGUCGUUUUCCGUUUUUGCUUUUGAUGUAAGGAACAAACAAGAAAGAAUAUAUGUAAAUUGUCACAAUCCGCAGUCAAUUUUUGAGAGAAGUGUAGGGAAUGCAUGUAUCCAUUGACCUGUGUAUGGCGUGUAAAAUAAUAUGCUUGAUAGAUUCUGCUGUAUGUGUAAGAUGCACGGAUAGAUGUAAGUUGUAUUUUAAUAAGAAUGUAUUUAGAGCGUUUAUAAUCUGAGUGUAUUAUGUGUAUCUAAGUUUGAAAAUGUGCAAGAAAAAUGUGUUAUGAACUGAUUUCAAGUACGGACCGUUAUAAAAAAAGAUGGUAAUAAAUUAAUAAUGUUGAAAUUUGC